CAGGAAGCGGAAGUGAUGCUCACAGGCCCGGGGCUUGGAAGAGGGCGGAACCGGUUUCGUGCAGGACGCUUCUCGGGUGGUAAUGGCGGGGUCCGGGCGAGUGGCGCGGGCGACCGCGCGAUCGGCCGGUCUUGGAGGCUCGGGACAGCCGCAGGCGCGGCGGGGGCAGCAGGGACAGCAGCGCUCGGCCUCACGGCCGGGACAGCGCAGGUGGGUGCCAUCCCCGGGAGAGGACCCAGUUGGGAACUUUUCUACGUACCUCAGCCCAGUUCCACGCUCAACUUCGUGUUGAAUGAACGGAGCAGAGAAAAGAAGAAAGUGGAUUGCAAGCCUAAGAACCAGGAUGAGCAAGAAAUCCCUUUCAGGCUCCGAGAGAUUAUGAGGAGUCGACAGGAGAUGAAAAAGACGCUAAGUAACAAGAAGAGAAAAAAGGAGGGUUCCAGAAGCGACGACUUGAAAAGGCCCAGAAGAAAAGGGAAGCAAGAGCAGUCGACAGAUUGGAGCAGGAGCUGCUGAAAG